GAAAAGCAAAAUGAUUGAAGCCUUGGCCAGCACAGAAGAUGUCAGAAAGCUGAUCUGGUUAAUGCAGAAUAGCCUUGAAGGAAAAGUCAUCAGGGCACAGGAGCUUUCACCUAUCAUAGCAACUGUUAGCCAGAGUUUGCCUGGAUAUUUGCUGGCCUGGGACUUUGUCAAAGAGAACUGGGAGAAGCUUACACGGAAGUUUCACCUAGGCUCAUAUACUAUCCAGAAUAUCAUUAGCUGGUCAACUUCUCAGUUUGCAACAAAGGCGCAUCUACUUGAGGUGAAGUCAUUUUUUGAGUCAAAAUCAGAGGAGAGUUCUCAACUGCGUUGCGUGAAAGAGGCAAUUGACACAAUUCAGCUCAAUAUCCAGUGGAUGGAGAGGAACUUAGCAAAGCUACAAGAACUGCUGUAGUGCGCUUAAUGCUGUGGCGUGUCAGCCAUUUAGGAGCUCUGUGGGCAGUUGCUGUGUUUCUUUUGCAAAAGCCAGGGUGAAACCAGGCAACAUUGUUUGCACUAUUAAGGAGUCUAGAUAGCUCAGGGCAUGUCUCGGAUAAAUUUUUAUUUUCCUUGGAGCAUUUAUGAGCAAGAUGUAAGUAUUUAUUCUAAAACUAUUUUCAUCUAUAGACCAAACAUCUGCACAAAUGAUUAAAUAUGAUUUUAUAUUUGAAACAUAUGCCCUUUCAUUUGGAGUUGUGUUGUAGUUUCUUAGCAGUG